UGUGUUAAGAGUUAAGUAAUUAAAAAAUAUAUAAAGUUUAAAUUUUAUAUAGUGGUCUUAAUACGUCAUUUAAUUCAUAUGUGAAUUAAUAAUAAGAAAAAUAAAUACUUAUUUAAUAUUUAUUGAUAAAUAUUAAAACAUAUAUUGAGUUAUUAAAUGUUUAGUUCGUUCAUAAAGUUUAAAAUAAGUAGAAAGCAUUGAAAUAUAAUAAUAUCCUGAAAUAUGUAUACAUUUUUAAUAGUAGAAAUUAAAUAUUAAGUAUGAAUAAAAUUACUUAUUAUCAUGGAAAUAAUGACAUUGAAAUCUAAAAUUCAAGAAUGGGUUCCUUUUGUUACUCAACAACAAAGACUUCGAAAUUUAAUUCAAAUAUCAGGUUUUAAUUUGAUCGCUGACUCAGAAUGGCUAGCUAACAAAGUAUCAUUUUACUAUACAUUGCAUUUAACCACCAUGUGUGCUCCUUUUUAUACUAGUGAAAAACUAUACAGCCAUAAUCCUAAGUGGACUAAAUUAGAUAUUUGUAGCUCUAUUGGAUCUGCUAAAGCUGUUGUUUUAAGAUUAUGGCAACAUACAGAUGAUAAAACUGAAGUAUUAUUUGUCUGGGGAAUAGAAUUAAGUGGACUUUUAUAUUUAUCACCAAUGACUUUAGAACCAAAAAUUUUCCAUUCAAACUCUUUAGUAUUCAGUAUGACUAGUGGGAAUUUUACAGUUCCUCAAUGUUUAGUAGAAGAUCAACCAACUUAUGCACGAAUAACUGAUCUUACACUUCCUGUCAAAGAUGUUAGAAUAAGUGGCACAUUAUCUCAAUUAACUAGAAUGCAUAGUAUACAACGUGAAACUAAAAAACAAAGAGAUGCUGCAUCUUUGUUAAAAGAUAAGGCAAUCCAAGGUGAUAUAAAUUGGCAUGAUAGUAAGACAGGUAGACUUCAAAGUGCAACAUUACGAAGAAUAAUGGGCCAAGAUGUUGGACAAAAACCAUCAUGGCAAAAUAUACUUUCUAAAAAAAAAGAAAUUGAACUAGUAAAGUUUAGAGUGCUUCUCUUAAAUCAGGAAAAAACUCGUAAAAUUGCUCUUCUUCGACACAAAACACAAUUUAGCAAACAAUUAUAUGAUGAUAAUUUUGAUAAAAAAAAUAUGUUGAAAGAAGCAUUUGAUAUAUUAAAUACAGAUACUAACCGAUUAAAGCAGUGCAAUGGUUCAUCCAAUACUUCUGAAACUUUAUUAUCUCUAAAUAGUCAACUUGUAUACCGCAAAAAAGAACUUAUUUCUGAACUUAAUUAUAUUUAUCCUAUUACUGAGUUAAAUGGUAAACUUUCAGUAUGUAGCAUUCACCUUCCUAACUCAGAAAAUUUUGAUGGUUGCAAUGAUAUUCAACUAAGUGUUUCAUUGGGUUAUGUUGCACACUUAACACAUAUGAUUGCUUAUUUUCUAGAUAUUCCAUUACGAUACCCUAUUAACCAUGAGGGAUCACGUAGUAAAAUCAUUGAUCAUAUUUCAUUAGAUAUUCAAGAUAGAGAAAGAUGGUUUCCUUUAUUUGGUCGAAGUAAAUCUCGGUUAGAAUUCAAUUAUGCAGUGUAUCUUCUUAAUAAAAAUAUUGCUCAACUGAGAUGGCAUAAUGGUUAUAGCACUAAUGAUUUGCGAACAACAUUGUACAAUUUCUUAGUGAUGCUACAGCCUCAAUCUAAUUUAAUAAAAUCAGAUAAUUCCAAACAUGUAACACCUUCCAACUCUUCAUUAGAUUUUUCUCAUAAAAAUCUAUCCAAAUACUCAAAAGAUAAUCAAUUUUAUGGCGAAGUAAUGGAAACAAGUAGUUCAGAUGAAACAAAAAAUCACCAUAAUGAUUUUAUAAUAUCAGAUUCUCCUGUAUCUCAAAAUAAUAAUUCACAUUUAUCAUAAUAUAAUAUAAUUGAAAUUUAUUAUAAAAUUAAAAGAAAACUAAGUAUUUAGAAUUAUAUGAGUAGGAUGAUGACAUUUAAUGAAUAAAAAUUUAAACACUUAAGAAAUUUAAUUGUUUCUAAUAUUAUCUAAUGUUGUUUAUAAACCAUAGCUUGUAAAAAAUUUUUAUCAUUUUUUUUUUAUCUACCGUUAUUUGUUAUUAAUUACAUUAUUUUUAAUGGACAUCUGAAUUAUUUGUAUACAUCAUUUCAAUUGCCCAUCAGUCAAGUGUACUAAUUUAUUACAAAGUAAAUGUAAAAAAUGUCAUUAUACAUAAUAGUACUAUGUUACUAUAAGUUAAAUUAAUUGUUCAAUUCAUAAAAAUUAGUUAUGUUUUGAAGGUUAACAAAAUAAGUUAAAAUAUUAUGGUUCAAUAUUUGGCUGUAUAUAUGUUUAUGGGUACUGUUACUUUACCACGUUUUAUUAUGUUAUGUGGUUAUCGACUGUUAUUUAUAAUUCAUAAGACUGGUUCUAUUGAUUAAUAAUUUAUUUUAAUUUUAUAAUAACUAAAUCGUUUUUAAGUGAUUAAUUGUUCAUAAAUUAUUAUAUAAAUGUUUUAUUUACUAUUGGCUCAUUAAAAUAACUUAAGCUUCAAUAUUUAUUUAUGUUUGAAAAAUCAUAUACCUUAG